GACACACACACACGCCAUGGAUUCCCUCCGCUGGUCUAUGCUCUUCUGUCUCCUCUCUCUAUCUCUCACCCACGCCACAAAGCAAACCUACAUAGUCCACAUGAACAAAAACCACAAGCAGUUAUCCUACACCACCGAUGCGCACUGGUACACGGACCACCUCCAUUCCCUUUCAAUAAACGCCAGUACUGCAUUACUCUACACCUACGACUCCGUCUUAUCCGGCUUUGCCGCUGCCCUUGACUCCUCUGAGGCUGAAGCCCUCCGUCGCUCCGAAACUGUACUCAGUAUUUAUCCUGAUAUACUCUACCAUCUACAUACCACCCAUACACCUGACUUCCUAGGCCUCAAUACCAAAAUAGGCCACCAAAAUCAGGACCAUCUUGAUCAGGACACUGAAGAUGUCAUCAUUGGCUUCCUCGACACCGGCAUCUGGCCUGAAAGCCCCAGUUUUAACGAUUCGGGAAUGCCAAAGAUUCCUUCACGAUGGCGUGGUGAGUGUGAGCGCGGCGUGGAUUUCAGCCCUUCAGCUUGCAAUCGGAAGCUCAUUGGAGCAAGGAGCUUCUGGAAGGGGAUGGCCCAGGGUGGUAAGCUCAAGGAGAUAACGUCGGCACGUGACCGAAACGGACAUGGAACCCACACGGCAUCAACGGCAGCAGGAUCGCCUGUGGUAAACGCUAGCCUUUAUGGCUACGCUCUUGGCACCGCCCGCGGAAUGGCCCCCCGAGCCCGUGUGGCUGCAUAUAAGGUGUGUUGGAACGUUGGAUGCUCUAGUUCAGACAUCCUCGCGGGGUUGGACGCUGCGAUUGCCGACGGCGUCGACAUACUCUCUAUCUCACUGGGCCACGGGGGAGCAUUGUCCUACGAACUUGAUACAAUAUCGAUCGGUGCAUUCGCAGCCGUCGAUCAUGGGAUCUUUGUCGCAUGCUCUGCUGGGAAUAAUGGACCAUACCAAGGCUUCGUAGAUAGCGUGGCACCAUGGAUCAUGACGGUUGGAGCGGGAUCGAUCGACCGUAACUUCCCGGCUGUCGUUAGCCUUGGCAAUGGAAAGCAGUACGACGGAGUGUCACUGUACAGCGGUAAAGGAAUGGGCGCUAAAAUGCUUCCUGUAAUUUAUAACGUGAGCAAGGAUGCCUCGUUUAGCGAAAGCAACCUGUGCUUACCAGACACGCUCAGUGCAGAGUCCGCACGUGGGAAGGUGGUGGUUUGCGACCAAGGCGGCGGGAAUUCACAAGUGGAAAAGGGUCUGGUAGUCAAGAAGGCUGGUGGGGCCGCGAUGAUCAUAGCAGACAUGACCGCGGACAAGGUGUUGCAGGCGGAUAGCCAUGUGCUGCCGGCUUUGUCGGUUGGCAGAAAGAUCAGUGGUCUGAUCAAGGAGUACAUUCGAUCAUCUCGAAAUCCAACGGCUGUGAUAAGUUUUCGUGGGACCGUUUUGAAUGUGAAGCCUUCGCCUGUGGUGGCGGCUUUUAGUUCGAGAGGGCCGAAUCUGAUCACGCCGGGGAUACUGAAGCCGGAUUUGUUCGGACCCGGUUUGAAUAUAUUGGCAGCUUGGACCGGGUUGGCUGCUCCGACCGGGUUGCAGGAAGAUAUACGGAGAACCAAUUUCAACGUGAAGUCAGGCACAUCCAUGUCAUGCCCGCACAUCACUGGAGUGGCCGCAUUGCUCAAGGCAACACACCCUAAGUGGAGCCCAAACGCCAUCAAGUCCGCCCUCAUCACCACUGCCUAUGCAAUUGACAACGUUAAAUUGCCCAUUCGUGAUGCUGCGGGGGGUGCUUCGACCCCAUUCGCCCAUGGUGCGGGCCAUGUCAACCCCCAGAAGGCCCUCUCCCCUGGCCUUAUUUAUGACAUCACGACUGAAGACUAUGUUGCUUUCUUGUGCAAAGAACUCAAGUAUGUGGACAUGCAAAAUGUGGUUCGAAACACCAACAUCACAUGCAACAGGACGUUGUCGGAUGUAGGCGAUCUCAACUACCCAUCCUUCUCCGUCCUGUUUGGCAACAAACGGAGGGUUGUCAAAUACAGUCGCGAGGUAACGAAUGUGGGGCCUGCACAAUCAUCCUACAACAUAACAAUUGGUGGACCAGCAAGUUUCGUGAUCACAGUAAGGCCCACUAGACUUUCUUUUAGCAAGGUGGGCCAGAAGUUGCGAUAUGAAGUGACGUUCGUGUUGAAGAAAGCUAGAAAGUGGAAUGAGGCAUUUGGAUGGAUCACAUUGAGCAAUGAGCAGUACCAUGUGCGGAGCCCGGUCGCGUACAUCUGGAAUAGUUAUUUGUAAAAUCGUGUGGUUUUUACUUAUCUCAUUCUCAUGUUUUUCUAGGCAUUCCUUGGUGCAUGGAAUUUCAGUUUGAGGAUGGACUAGAUUCAAUAAUUUUCCUUAAGUAUGCCAAUCUCAAGCUUGAGGGCUUUACAAAUAACUAAAACCUAGCUAAUAAAAUAUAAGAAA